AGAUUUGUCUUAUGCAUGGAUGUUCAAUGAUAACCCUUUAUAUGUCCAAGAGGACCACAGGCGGUUUAUAUCUCAAGAGACGGGCAACUUGUACAUUGCCAAAGUGGAACCAUCAGAUGUGGGCAACUACACUUGUUUCAUAACAAACAAGGAGGCCCAAAGAAGUGUCCACGGACCACCCACUCCAUUAAUGCAGCGCACCGAUGGUGUGAUGGGGGAAUAUGAACCAAAGAUUGAAGUGCGUUUUCCUGAAACUAUACAAGCUGCAAAGGAUUCAUCUGUAAAACUGGAAUGCUUUGCCCUUGGAAAUCCAGUCCCUGAAAUUAGUUGGAGGAGAUUGGAUGGAAGCCCAUUGCCAGGGAAAAUCAAGUACAGCAAAUCCCAAGCUAUCCUUGAAAUCCCGAACUUUCAGCAAGAAGAUGAAGGCUUCUAUGAGUGCAUUGCAGGCAACCUUCGAGGAAGAAACCUUGCAAAGGGUCAACUCAUUUUCUAUGCCCCUCCAGAAUGGGAACAGAAAAUCCAAAAUACAUACCUCUCUAUCUAUGACAGCUUGUUUUGGGAAUGCAAAGCUAGUGGAAAGCCAAACCCUUGGUACACCUGGUUAAAGAAUGGUGAACGCCUCAACCCAGAGGAGAGAAUUCAAAUAGAAAAUGGGACACUAAUCAUAAUGAUGCUGAAUGUGUCAGAUUCUGGGGUCUACCAGUGUGCUGCAGAAAACAAAUAUCAGAUAAUUUAUGCAAAUGCAGAAUUGAGAGUUUUAGCCUCAGCUCCUGAUUUCUCCAAAAAUCCCAUUAAAAAAUAUUCAGUUAUCCAAGUUGGUGGGAAUGUUGCUAUCGAAUGCAAACCAGUUGCUUUUCCCAGGGCAGCUAUCUCCUGGAAAAGAGGAAUGGAGAGCUUGAGACAAAAUAAAAGAGUGUUUAUCUUGGAGGAUGGCAGCCUCAAGAUAUAUAAUGUUACCAAGUCAGAUGCUGCAUCAUAUACAUGCAUAGCUACAAAUCAGUUUGGCACAGCAAAGAGUACUGGCAGCCUCAUCGUAAAAGAGAGGACUGUCAUUACCAUCCCGCCUUCCAAAAUGGAUGUUACAGUUGGCGAGAGUAUAGUCCUACCAUGCCAGGUGUCCCAUGACCCCUCCAUUGAAGUUGUCUUUGUGUGGUCUUUCAAUGGAGAUGUCAUAGACUUAAAAAAAGGAGUGGCUCAUUUUGAAAGGAUUGGAGGAGAAUCUACUGGGGAUUUGAUGAUAAGGAAUAUUCAGUUAAAUCAUUCAGGAAAAUAUUUAUGCACAGUGCAAACAACUCUAGAAAGUUUAUCCGCUGCAGCUGAUAUCAUUGUUAGAGGUCCACCAGGUCCCCCAGAGGAUGUGAGAGUGGAACACAUUUCCAAUACUACUUCCCAAAUAAGCUGGAGACCAGGCCCAGAUAAUAACAGUCCAAUUCAAAUAUUUACCAUUCAGACUCGGACACCAUUUUCUGUGGGUUGGCAGGCUGUUGCUACAGUUCCAGAAAUUCUCAAUGGUAAGACGUACAACGCAACAGUGGUUGGUUUGAGUCCUUGGGUAGAAUAUGAAUUUCGUGUUGUUGCCGGGAACAGCAUUGGGAUUGGAGAACCAAGCAAACCAUCUGAAUUGUUAAGAACUAAAGCAUCAGUCCCCGUCAUGGCACCAGUAAACAUCAACGGAGGGGGAGGAAGUCGGUCUGAGCUCAUCAUUACGUGGGAGCCAAUUCCAGAAGAACUACAGAAUGGAGAAGGAUUUGGAUAUAUCAUAAUGUUCCGACCAGUUGGCUCUACAACCUGGACCAAGGAAAGAGUGGAGUCUGUGGAAUCAUCAAGGUUUGUUUACAGAAAUGAAAGCAUCAUGACUCUCUCUCCCUUUGAAGUCAAAGUGGGUGUAUAUAAUGAUAAAGGCGAAGGACCCCUAAGUACUGUGUCCAUUGUCUACUCAGGGGAAGAUGAACCUCAACUGGCUCCAAGGGGAACUUCUGUCCAGAGUUUUUCUGCUUCUGAAAUGGAGGUUUCAUGGAAUGCUAUUGCCUGGAACAGAAACACUGGAAGAGUGUUGGGCUAUGAGGUCUUAUACUGGACAGAUGACUCCAAAGAAUCCAUGAUUGGUAAAAUUAGAGUCAGCGGAAAUGUCACAACCAAAAACAUCACAGGGCUGAAAGCAAAUACCAUCUAUUUUGCUUCUGUGAGAGCUUACAACACUGCUGGGACAGGACCCUCAAGCCCCCCAGUCAAUGUCACCACUAAAAAGUCUCCUCCAAGCCAACCACCAGCAAACAUUGCCUGGAAGCUAACAAAUUCUAAAUUAUGCUUGAACUGGGAGCAUGUAAAAACCAUGGAAAAUGAGUCUGAAGUGUUGGGCUACAAGAUUCUGUACCGGCAAAACAGACAGAGUAAAACCCAUAUUUUGGAAACAAACAAUACAUCAGCUGAGCUUCUGGUUCCAUUUGAAGAAGACUACUUGAUUGAAAUAAGAACAGUCAGUGAUGGUGGGGAUGGAAGCAGCAGUGAGGAAAUUAGGAUUCCAAAAAUGUCAAGUUUGAGUUCCAGAGGAGUUCAAGUCUUGGAACCUAGCACCUAUUUCCUGUCAAUUGUCAUUGUGAUUUUUUCCUGUUUUGCUAUUCAUCCACUUAUAAGAUGAAUAAAACCAUAAAGUUUUUUGAAAGCAAAUCAUUCUGUAAAUAUGCUCUCCAGCCUUCAUCAUAAGGCACAUUCUUAAUACAGACUUGUUUGGAAAGAAAAAAAUGUAUAUUAUUAAGAUCUUGUAAAUAUCUAUGGUACAUUAAUAAAGCAAUUUUAAACACUUU